GUUGCUGACCCAUGCGCUCCCAGUCCCUGUCUGAAUGGAGGUACAUGCAGUGUCUCAGGAUCCUUAUUCUACUGCACCUGCCUGCCUAGCUACACUGGAAGUACUUGUGAAGCUUCAAAUCCAUGUUAUCCUAGUCCUUGCAUGAAUGGAGGUACAUGCAGUGUUUCAGGAUCCUCAUUCAGCUGCACCUGUCUGUCUGUCUUGACUGGAAUGACCUGUGAAACUUACAAUCCGUGUCUGUCCAGCCCUUGCAUGAAUGGAGGUACAUGCAGUUAUCAAGGUUCCAGCCACAGUUGUGCCUGUCUGUAUCCCUACACUGGAAAUACCUGUGAAAUUUUCAAUCCUUGUCAAUUCAGUCCUUGCAUGAAUGGAGGUACAUGCUCUGUUCAACGUUCCUCAUUCACCUGUACCUGCCUGUUUCUCUACACUGGGAGUACCUGUGACAUUUUCGAUCCGUGUCUUUCCAGUCCUUGUUUGAAUGGCGGUACAUGCUAUGUUGAAGGUUCUGCAUUCAGAUGCACCUGCUCAUCUGGUCUCGUUGGAAAUACAUGUACAUUUUUAGAUCCGUGCCUUUCCAGUCCUUGUAUGAAUGGAGGUACAUGCAGUGCUCAGGGAACCACAUUCAACUGCACCUGCCUAUCCAACUACACUGGAAAUAACUGUGAAGCUUUUGUGUUUCAGAUCAUUUGUGAACCUGAUGAGGUUACUGCUGUUGGGACUCCUGGUAUGACAGUCUCAGUCGGAAUUCCACAGCCAUUUGCUUCGUCAGGUGCCUCUGGUGUACAGUUUACCUACAUUGAUCCACAAGGCAUGGUCAUUUCAACACCAAGUGACUAUCAAGUGGCUGUUCCUCUGACUGAUUCAACCACAUUAAACAUUCAAAUCAAUGCAACAGGAUCUUUCAACAUCGUACAACAGUCCUGCCGGAUAAAUGUCACAAUUACUGGUUUGCCAUAUAUAAACCAGACGCCAUCUGUAACAUUGGAAUCACGAUUAGCUACUGUCACAUGGCAGGCAUGGAACACAAGCUCAGGGGACAGAGGAGCAGGGCCAGUGACUGCAUACAAAGUAUAUUACUCUCUGACAUCUCCAAUAUCCUGGAUUGCUGCUGGUACCAUUUUGGUGACAGACCCAUCUCAGAGCACGUACAACUUCAUAGUCCAACCAUUGGAACCAAGCACUGAGUACAUGUUUAGCGUGGCUGCAGUGGGAGAAGGAACAGGAGAAGGGGCAAGGAGUCCAGCAUUUACUGGAUUCACUCUACCACUCCCUUCAACUACCACUGAGAGGUCUACAUCAAGAGAAACUACCGUGACCGAGCGUCCCAGUGAUCCCACUGCAGUGAUAGCUGCUACCGUUUCUGUUGUUGCCGUCCUGUUGGUUGUCCUGUUAUUUCUGGCUGUGCUGCUGGUUCCACGCCUUCGGAGACGACAAUCCAAAGAUGUCUCAUCCCAUAGCUUGCAAGGGAGGUUUGAAAGCAGCAAUGACCUAUUCAGCCUUCAAACAAUAGACAACCCCAUCUCGGUUCCCAUGGAGGACAUGAACUCCAACCCAAAUGGUGAAGGGGUCCCAGAGAUGACCCCCGCAGUGCGGCCAGAGUCCAGCGUCAGCCAAAUUUCCACACUGGAUAGCAGCUCACCGUUUGCUGGCCUGCCCCUCUAUCCUGCCGGAGAGAGGGAACUCAAGAAAGAUCCCAUCCCACUCAAGGACUUUGUGGCUUAUGUACGGCAGGCCGUGCAGGGACACCACCUCGGAGAUGAGUGGUCUUCCUUCCCUGGGAUAGAAGCAAUAUGUUCCUGUGACGUCUCCCAGCUACCCGACAACAAGAUGAAGAACCGAUAUCGGAAUAUCCCAGCAUAUGAUCAUUGCCGUGUCAUUCUGGAACAUGACCAGGAUGAUCCCAAUUUGGGCUACAUCAAUGCCUGUUACAUCAAGGGUUACAAGAAGGACAAAGCCUACAUAGCAACUCAAGGGCCCAAUCAGGCCACAUCACAUGACUUCUGGAAGAUGGUCUGGCAGGAGAAUGUCCGCAUCAUUGUCAACGGCACCAAACUUGUGGAAGAUGGAAAGAACAAAUGCUCCAAGUACUGGCCGGACAUGGGAAAAGCAGAAAUCUUUGGCGGUAUUUUGAUCAGUCUGCAGACUGAGGAAGCAAGGGGAGAGUACACAGUCAGAACUAUGAGCAUAGUGAAGAUUGGUGACAACACAUCUGGUGCAAAGACCAUUCGACAGUAUCACUACACCACCUGGCCUGACAAGAACGUUCCAAAGGAUGUAACUCCUGUCUUGAGGCUUAUCAAAGAGUUCUCUGAUGCAACACCUGAAGGAGCCGGACCCUAUCUCAUCCACUGCAGCGCUGGUGUAGGCAGGACUGGUGCCAUCAUAGCCAUUCAUGCCUUGCUGCAACAAGCUCACGCAGAGAAGACUCUGGAUAUCUACAACUUCGUAGCUGACAUGAGAGACCACCGUGUCAGCAUUGUGCAGACCCCCGUUCAGUACACCUUCAUCCAUCUGGCCUUGCUGGAGGCUCUGUUUUCAGGCGAUACCUGCAUUCCGUCAUCUUCCCUGAAGAAGAGGGUGACAGAACUCAAGAAGAAGAAGAAGAUGGCUGAAGAAUUUGAGCAAAUGAACACCAUCACCCCUGUGCCGGUACGAGAGAGAUGCCGCAUGAGUGUGGUUGCAAGCAAUCGGAAUAAGAACAGAUUCCCCAAUACCAUCAUCCCUGAAACCUGCCGGCCUUUUUUGAUGACUCCAAGAGAAGAUGGUAUGGAGUAUAACUACAUCAAUGCUACAUUUGUGGAUGGUUACAAGCAGAAAGACGUUGCCGUGGUAACCCAGGCUCCUCUCCCCAACACUGUCUUGGACCUCUGGCGGCUGCUGUAUGACUACCAGGCGACUAGUAUCGUCAUGCUCAAUGCAAUGGAUGCCAGUGAUUCCGAUUGUCCCCAGUACUGGCCAGAUAAAUGCAGCCAGGAUUAUGGACCGUUUACUGUGAGUGUUACCAGUGCAGCAGAACUGGAUGGGUACAAGGUCAAGCAGCUGAUACUCCACCACCGUCGCCAGAAGAGGUCACGGUAUUUGAAGCACUACCAAGUCACUGAUUGGCCAGUGAAUCAGGAGACGCCCAAGUCACCAAGCACGCUGCUCCGUCUCAUCUUGACUGUAGAGAAGGAAAAGAAGGGAAAGCACUCGUCGAUCCUUGUCCACUGCAUAGAUGGCCAAAACCGCAGCGGUGUUUUCUGCGUCCUGAAGAAUUCCCUGGAUAGGCUGCGUCAAGACGACACGGUGGACAUCAUGCAGACCACCAAGGUCCUGCGAUUGAAUCGCCCCAACAUGCUCAACAGCCUGAACCUGUACCGUUUCUGCUAUGAUGCCAUGUUGGCCUAUGUCAGCAAUCCUGAUGAGUUCAAAGCAGACAGACUGCCAGAACCAGUCUAUGAAAACAUGCCCACCAAGCAAAAGGAGGAGAAGGCAAAGCCACCAGAGAAUAUUUACCAAAAUGUAGCGAAGUCUCCGGAAUCCAGCGAGGCUUGAAGGUGAAACACGGAGACUCAGCCUACGGGGGAUACAGGAGGAUGAAACCCAUUUAUAUCAAGUUCCUUGAAACUGCAUUUAUAACAGUAAUUAGUUUGUCUAAUGUGUAUUCCGUUUGUCUCGCUUGGUAACAUUUUAAAUGCAAAGUCUAUUUAAUUGGGCUUCCAAAUUUAAAGCUACCAUAGUGUGGCUGUGGUGUGAGCAUGUGGCUCUGACUGAAUUGAAGCUAGCAAAGAUCCACUUCCAGACUUAGACUCAAGAAUCAGACGUGGCUAGAUAUAGGGUCUGACUGGAAGCACUCUUUUGUAAGUGCUUCAUUAUAGGAUUAGUUUCUGUUUUAGCCAAUUAUAGGUUUACAGUAUAGUUCUCUUUGUAUUUGUUAUAUUACCACUUAGUUUUUAAAAGAAAGAAAAAAAUCAAGAUCCAAAGAAAUAUAUUGCAGAUGAUAUUUUUUGUCUGGCUCAUCAGGCGUCAUAAGUCUUGAGUUGAAAACUGAAAGAAAAGUUCUUGAUUUGUACAUUUUAUACACUUUUUACUCAAAGCACGUGUUCCAUCUUUUUGCUAUAGCCUCAAGUCAUGUUUAAUUAGGUCUAAUAAAUUGGGAGUUGCCACACUUCCUCAAGUCCGAUCUCAAGACACUUGUCAAGUCCUGUGUAAAUCAGCUGCAUUCAAGUCAUAGGUCAGGCUACUUAAGUUUUAGUCAUUAGGUUAAUGUCACAGAAAUAGCUGUUAUUAGUUAAAAGUUUCUCCCAUUCAAUGCCAGGCAUGUAUAAGCUUAAACAUGUCAAUGGAUCACAUUCAUUGCCGUUUCAAUAAAAAGAGUGAAAAUAGUAUCAGCUAUCAGCUCAUUUUACUGCAAUAGAGUCUUAAUUCACCUUUUCUCCAGAAAUGUAUGUACAUACACUUGCAAUGCUCUACUGGGUGUUAAUGACAGCAUUGAUGGCAGUUUUUACCGUGAGGCUUUAAGGAUACUUUUCAGAAUUGUGCUGCAGUACAGUUGAACCUUAACAAGAGCUCUGUUAAUACAAGCUUUUGCUUAUAACAAGGUCCCAAUCCUUUGUUUUCCAUUUUUUUAAUUACUGAUAAUACAAAAGUUCCUGUUAUAACAAGGUGAUAUGCCAAGUCUGAAGGACCUCUUAUUAACAAGGUCUGACUGUAUUGAGUUUACUACUUUACUUUAAGCAGAGGAUAUUUCUAUGCGUAAGUCACUUUAUGCCAAGCUUCUUAUGCCUGCAGAAAAAUAAGCAAUUUUUAUUAAACCACCAACAAAUAACAAUACAUGUAUAUUCAGUUUUUACAAGCUUUGCUUUAAACUUGCAUGUACAUACUUUAUGCUUAUGUUUUGGUUGAGAAUAUACGGAUGCAAAGUCAUUCCUUUGAUGUUGGCAAGGGUCUUUAUGAUCCUGGUUUUGGUGCUUGUUUUGUAAUGUAAGAUGUGACACUUGCGACAGUAGAUAAUGGUUGUAGACUUAUUUGUGUACUCAGUGCAAAAUAUAAAAUACUUUUGAAAGAUUUUCAAGUACUGUCGUUAGAGAAUUAUGUGUAUUCAAGAAUCACCGAGAAGUACUAUAUUUUUGUAUUGUUUUUGCCCUGUAUGUAAAAUAUUUAGCUUUUUAAAGUACCAAUACUUGUUUUAAAGAAUUUGUGUACGCUUUUUGAAUGGAUCACUGUAUUUAGGGCUAACCAGCAAUUGCUGUACAUUGAAAAUUGGCAAGUUCAUUUUUGAUAUGAUAGCUUUUGGGAAUAGCAGAAAUUUUUGAAACAGAUUGUGGAGAUGUGCAUUUAAGCUGCUAUAUGCUUAGAAUGCUGCACGACAAAUUAUAUAUCAUGUGUCAUCUUGCAAAUUAAAUAAAGCACAGAAAAUUUU